AGGUGGACGUUGGUGUGUCGGUUUUGCAUCGUGCGCGAUAAUAGUGGAACCGUGGGUUCCCGGGUUUAGUGCGCGUUUAUACACUCGGCCGUGUUCCUCGGUGGCCGGCAGCGCGGAGAUCGUUCGCCGCCAGUCCUUGCGAUCGAACGAUCGAGACCGGAUCGAUAAACGCACUCCUUCCUUCCCAUCCCCCUCCCCCCGCCCCCCCGGCAAAUUGGGGGAAAUAACGAGCGUUUAAUACCCGCGCUUUUCCGCAGCUUCGACCUUGUCACGUGGUUCUUUCGUUCGAGAGAGUCGAAAGUUUGGGCCAGGUCUCUUCUCUCCGCGCGGAGAAGAAGAGAUUUGCUUUUGCGAUUUCUUUGGAAUUCUGGUUUUUUUUGUUUUUUUGGUUUACGUAUCUUCGUGUGAUCGAGUGUUCGAGUUUUGGAAGUUUUCGUAGGAAGGGGUUAGUUUCGAGGAGAAUCAUUUUUGAAUAAGUUUUGGAAGGAAUUGUUGGUCGGGUCGAGUGUGGUGAAGAAUCGACAGUGACAGCAGGCUAAUUAUAUUAUGAUUAUUGUAGAUGAUUUUUCGCUGUUCGAAUUCGGGAAUCAAUUGUAGUUUAUUUAUAGAUUUUGAACGAAAUUCGAGGAAAGGGACGAAUCGUGACGAAGAUUGAGCUAAUUGGAGACUAAUAUUUUUUCAAUUUCGAAAAAAGUUUACAUGUAAAGAAUAUUCUGUUAUCGAAGUGAUGGAUAUCUGAUAAAUGUAUAUAUAUUUAUAACAGUCUCUUUUUUUUUCUUUUUUCUUUGGAAUCGUUUCUCGUUGCUCCAAAUUUCAAAAUUUAAAAAUUCGGAGUAGAUCAAUUUGAAGAACUCUUUUUCGAAUUGGUUGGUAUCAACCGGUGAUGGUGAACGGGUGUGAAUUUGAGUAUACAAGGGGUGAUUGAACAAGAAGAAGGACAAAAUGUUGUUCAAGGGAAAUAGUUCGAGAUUGGAGUUGUUAAUAGGGAAAAUCCAGGCACACAAGGAGCCUUCUCAGGAGGAGCAGCAAAAGUCCAAAGAGGCGUUGGGGACCGGAAGCUCGUCGUGGCAGAGCGAGGAUGGCGGACCAAACUCGCGGCGAGGCGGCGAGACGCCCUCGUCUUGCGCGACCCCGACGUCGGCCAGUUUCCCGUCGGAGCCAGAGGUCGACGCCGACGUCGGAGUGAACGCCGACGGGAGCAACGCGACAGCCCCUUACCCCUGCCAAUUCUGCGACCGCACGUUCCCCCGGCUUAGCUAUCUCAAGAAGCACGAACAGAGUCACGGGGACCAAAUGCCAUACAGGUGCAGCUGGUGUGCCAGAUUGUUCAAACAUAAACGCAGCAGAGAUCGACACGUGAAGCUUCACACAGGAGACCGAAGAUAUCGAUGCACGCACUGCGAGGCUGCUUUCUCCAGGAGCGACCAUCUGAAGAUCCAUAUGAAAACGCACGACACGCAGAAACCGUAUCAGUGCACGGCCUGUUCCAGAGGGUACAACACGGCAGCUGCCUUGACGUCCCACAUGCAAUCUCACAAGAAACACCAUCAAUCGCAAGGAUCGACCAAGGACAUCGAUUACGGUAGAAGAAGCGUGUCCUCUCACAGUACAUCAUCGCCACCGGUGCCGAGUUCCCCGUCACCGUCAUUGAACCUCGCCUUGAACCCGAAACCCGGGUUGAAAAGCUCGCAGGGAAGCGCUUCGACGACGCCAAUCCUAAAUUCCCCGUUGAAAUUGGCCUGCAUGUACUGCACCAGAGAUUCGUUCAACUGCAUGCAACAACUCCAGAUGCACGUGCACACGAUGCAUCAAGCUAUCUUGAGCGGGGAAACUGUUGCCGUAUCCCCGUCGACGCAUAGAGGCAGCGAGCCGAUUGGUUAUCAGCACGGUGAGAAAAAUUCAGACCGAUCGGAAGGAACUUCGAAGGAGCACAGGAAGUAUCGAGAAGAUGAUUCGGAGAGGUCUAUGGAAAAGGAUCAUUACGAAAACGCGUUCACGUGCAAUCAGUGUACCAUGAAAUUCUCCACGUUAGGCUCUUUGAGGGAUCACUUGAUCUCGAUCCAUAGGACGGACAGUUUCAAUUCUGCCUUGAUGAUGUGCCCCCUUUGCGGCAUACCCUGCGCUUCGGCAGCCGCUUACGCGGAACAUUACGUUCUUCAACAUUGUGAGAAUCGAUCGAUAGGUCCACUGGAGAGCAAAGAUUAUAUGGAUGCGAAGAUGAACGGUAAUUACGAGUCGAAAAGUUCCAGGAAUCAGAAAUGCAGAGAACAAAUAUCUUGUUCUGCAGAGCCGGCAGACUUGACUAGCAAGCAUACCGCUACUACGGAAAACAAUUAUUCAGCUGGUACUCUGUUAUGCGGCCAAUGUGGAGCAGCUUUAAAGGACUUUGAAUCUUUCAGAGAACAUCUGGCCAGACACCUUCAAGCUAAUCAUAGAAACGAUGCUGUCAGACAUUCUUGUCCCAAGUGUGAGGCCACUUUCCAAGACAGGGAAGACAUGUUGGUGCACUUGACAAAGCAUUAUCUGGGCCAGAUUAGCAAAGAGUAUGCCUGUGGUGCCUGCAAAAAGCUUUAUCCCCAUCCAGAUCUUCUUCAAAGGCACUUGCUCGAUAGUCACGCUCACCACCUUUACAGAUGCGCUCUCUGUAAAGACACUUUUGAUUCCAGAGUGGCGAUACAAGUCCAUUUUGCUGUGAAACACAGUCAAGAAUGCAGGAUCUAUAGGUGCAAUGCUUGUACGGUGUCCAAUAACGAAAAUUCGCCGGGUAAUGCGCCAGGUGAAGGGAAAAGUUUCUUCAGGAGUGAAUCAGAGAUGACAAAUCAUGUGAGAAAUGUCCAUGCGCCUCCUACUGUAUCAAAUAACAGCCCUGUAGCCAGAAGCCCCGCAUCUACUCCUGGAAUAACUGGAAAUUCCGGACCGAGAUGUGUCUUCUGUGGAAUUUGUUGUACCUCUGAACUGGAAUUACAACUCCAUUUGGCUAGCCAUUCUGUUAACUUGUACAGAUGUCCAGUUUGUAGAGAGGGAUUUGCUGUAGAAUUUUUGCUGGACAGGCAUAUUGCUCAAGCGCAUCAUUCCAGUAAUCAUCAAGGUAUUAUUAGAAGUAGCUCUAGAGAAAAUGGAAGGAUUGGUAGACCGCCAAGAUUGCAAGAAGAGACAAAAUCUCAAAAAAGAGGUCGUUCUCCAGCCUCCAGCAACAACAACACCGUAAAUCAACGAGACAACAAUAAUAAACGUCCAAAUUACUCCAACACAUCUUCUCAACAGUGUGAUCUCUGCGAAAGAGGGGAAUUUUCUAAUGAAACAGAACUCCAAGCCCACAAGAAAUUGGUUCACACUCCGGCCAAGUUUCAAAAUAAAUCCUUAUCAAAUCUCAGCAUGACUUGCGCAUAUUGUGGAGAAGUAUGUCGUUCUAGAACUGAUCUGGAAUCUCAUACAAGGAUUCAACAUGCAUCGAAUGAACCUGGGGGCCGCCACAAAUGCAAUAUUUGUGACGAAGUCUGUCCUUCAGGUGCAACUCUGGCAGAGCAUAAACUGCAAAAACACUGUAAAAUUCAACUAAGUGACACGUGUAUUGUUUGUCGAGGAAAUUUAGCCUCGGAAUCACAGUUUUUAGAACACGUUCAAAGACACAGUUUGGAAAACGUGGAUCCACAACAGAGAUUGGACGGUUCUCUUCCCCAUCUUCCUGCUGCGUGUGUAGUUUGCAGACAGACGCUGAUCAGCGAUUUGGAAUGUCGCCUUCAUGCCAGACAUCAUUUGAGAGCUUCUACUGGUGCUCACAGUGUGGGAUCUAGCCCUAGUCCCAAUCAAAAAAAUCAGAAUCCAAGUUGUUGUCUUUGCUUAAGAGAUUUUUCUAGCGAUGACUUUGUUAAUUUGCCUCCAAGUCAUGUGAGUGGAGGAGGACAAUCUUUGAGGGUCUGCAAAUCUUGCUAUAUUCGUCAUUCUCAAGGUUUACCUAUUUUGAAUUCAUAUGAAUCUGUUAGAUCUAAAUGUGAUGAUUCUUGGACAUCUAAUAAUAAAGAUGGACAAUGGGAUGGGUCGAAAAAUAAAUGGGAAUCGGAGAAUAAAUAUAAAGAGAAUAGAAAUGGAAUGAUUGAUAAUAAGAGAUGUCAAGAUUGUGGAGUGAAAUUUGAGGAUUCCGAAGAGGUGGAAAAGCAUAGGAUAAUAGAGCAUGAGAAGACUGGAACUGCAUCUAAUACGUAUACGUGUAUACAAUGUCAAAUGUCAUUCGCAACGGAAGCAAAGAUUCAACAGCAUAUAAAGAAAGAACAUUUGGAAGUAGCAGGAAAAACUUCCAUGGAGGCAUUACGAUGUCAUCUAUGUCUAUUUGAAGCUAAUAGUCCAUUGCAGUUGCAAAGCCAUUUGAUAGAACAUACUUUUGCAGGAUGUGCCGCUCUCAGCUGUUAUAUUUGCCAAUCUCUUUUCACUGCACCUAUUGGUCUUCAGAAUCAUAUGCUUCAAGAACACGGUUUGGGUGCACGCCCGUAUGAUUGUUCCCAGUGCACAUUAAAAUUUUUCUUCAGAGCAGAAUUGGAUCAUCAUAUAUUAACAUUCCAUCGAUCUGGAGACGUAUCCUCGCCUGAUGAAGAUAUACAAAACAACAUUGAAACGAAACCAAGAGACACCGAAGAAAAUAACUGUGACGAAAGAAUAAUGGUGAAAGAAGAAUUGUUACCGGAAGCUGCAGACGAAGAAGAAGAGAUCAACGUGGAUGAACAAGUAGAAGAGAACGAGCAAAAGGAAGACAAACAGUUAGAAUUCGAGACAAAAUUAAAAACUGAAAUCGAGGAGGAAAACAUUCUCCAGUCUUCUAUUUCCGAGAAGAUGGAAUCGUGAUUAUUUCUCGUUGAUCGAGAAAGUAAAAGGUUCGAAUAAAACAUAAUUUUUGAAUUAGUCUGAGACAAAGAUAUGAUAAAAAAUCAUUAAUGACAUAUUCUUAGACUAAAUCAAAGUUUAAAUUAUCUAUUAAUAAUAUAUUAAUAAACUGCACAUAUAUUUUUGUUAUAUAAUUUUAUUUAUAAUAAUUUAUUAUAUGUCCAUUUAUUAUGUGAAGGAAAGACAAUACGUUGAUUUAUCUUAUUAUAUAAAAUUAUUGUUUUUUAUUAUAUAGUUAAGUUUUUUUCGUUUAAAUAUAAGGAAUAAGAAUCUUAAUAGGAUUUUGUUUGAAAACUAUAGAGAAAUCUUUUAUUAAAUGAUUAUUACAGUAAGAAAAGUUAUUUUAACAUAAUAUUUAUUCAAUUUUUUGAUUAAAAUAUGUUUAUAAGAAUGUUCUAUAUUUAUUCAUAUAGUUAAUUAAAAUUCUUAUUCAUAAAUCUUUAUUAUAUUAACAAUCUAUUUUUCAAUAUGAUUGUAUGUUAUUUUCUUUUAUUAGAUUGCAAAAUUACGAAUGGAAAUAUGCAGUAAGUAUGAUUCAUAUAUAUCUGAAAUUCUCAACAUAUUGCAAAUUGGUAAUUAUUAAAAUGGUACAAACUUGUAAACAAAUUCAUAUAUAAUAUAAGUUUUUUACUGAUGAUAGUUAUAAUAAUUUGUGCGGUGUAAUUUUCUACCAAUCUAGAAAAAUUUGAAAGUUAUAUAAUAUUUUUUAUCAAAUUUCAUUAUUCUCUAUUACAUUAUCUAUACAUGAAUGAUUUUUUUUUUGUCAUUUAUUCUAGUAUAUUUUACUCUGUGUUGAGUUUUAAAGAUAAUAUUAUAACGUUAAAUUAUAACGUUAAACUUCAUUGUUUUUAAUACGUUAUUUAUCUUAAUAUGCGUUAAUCUUAAUAUCGCAUAAUAUUAUAUUUAGCAUGUUAAAAUAUGAAAUUAAUUUGAACAAACAUUGUAACAUAAAAACAAUAUUAUUCUUAUUGCACAAAUAAAAAAGAGAAAGAAAAAUUAUGUAAUGUGUAAUUGCAGAUGCAAUUUGUAAAUAUGUUGAAUAAUAUUAAAAUGUAUUAAUCAGCGUUUUAUCGAUUUUGACCGUUAUUUUAAGCGAUUAUUAUUAAAGCAAAUGCAAUAACUUGUCCAUUAGACUUAGUAGAUCAGAAGAUAGUUCUUUACAAAAUAAAUUAUUAUUCUAAA